AUGAAAAUAUAUGGUAUUAAGCAAGAGGAACGAACAAACCCAGCUCCAGUCAGCAUUCCAAGACCAAUUCCUUACUAUUAGACAAGCGAAAAUUUGAUAUCAAUUUAAAAACAAUGGGCUGUUAUUCAUAAAUUCAUGAGAGCCUUAAACAAGUUAUAAUAAGCUUAAAACAAAAACCAUAAUUAACCAAAGUACCCUUUUGUAUUACAACUCUCUAUGAAUGAAUUUAUGGUUCAUUUGGGGACCGAUAAACUAGAAUUAAGAAUGUCAAAUGAGCUUUCAUACUAUCCCAACUUCGGGCCUGUCCAAUACUGUUGUCCUCCUCCAGUCAACUCACCUACUCCAACAAUUAAACUUCCUAUACAUAAGAAGCGGGAAGUGAACGUCCUACAAGACUAGAAGGAUACUAAGAACAUACCGAAGAAUUACUGCAAAAGUAUCAUAACUUUUGCCUGUAAGAAUCAAAAUCUUUGUUUGGAAAUUCUUAAAGACUAGUUGAAGGUGAUAAAAUUCUUGGAAAAGAUUACUGUCUACAAAAAAUAACUGUUAAACAUAAGGAUCUUCAGUAGCCUUUUACAACACUCUGAUGACCCUGAAGAGGAGGAGUUCAGAAAGGCAUUCAGAAUAAUCAGUCGGAUAUUUAUAAAGAAAUACGCAAUAAACUAUAUUUUUAACUCUAAGAUCGUGUAGCAUAAUUGGCAUAUGAGAUAUAGAUCACAGAUUUAUAAGGGAGUAAAAAAUCCAAACAAUUUUUCACAUAUUAAAAACUUAUGA